AUGUUGAGGCAAUUGACGCGAGUUUACGGAGCGAGGCGUUUGGGUCAGCUGCAGGCGAGGCGCUCGGCGUCCCACGGCAACGGCGAGGGUCCGCUCACCGUCUCGGGGGGUGCACCCAAGGACAAGGCCAUCAUAGGCAAUCGCGAGAUCGUCAGCCACGGCUGCAACGGCCUCGCCAUUUACAACGACGACGAGAACUAUCCCUUCCCGGCCAUACGCUACAAGGAGCCCGACCCGGAUAUCGCCGCACUGAGAGAAAAAGAACGCGGCGACUGGAGAGAUCUGUCGAUCGAGGAGAAAAAGUGCCUGUACAGGGCGAGCUUUUGUCAGACCUUCGCCGAGUUCGCCUACGCCCCCGACACCCACUGGAAGUCCACCGUAGGAUCUGUGCUAAUCGGCCUUGCCUGCAGCCUCUGGCUCUUCAUGUAUUACUUGGACCACAUAGUCAAUCCACUGCCGGACUCGUUCAGGCCGGAAGCUAGAAUAGCCCAGUACAAUCGAAUGGUCGAUCUGAACAUAGCCCCGUUCCAGAAGAUACCCGUCCCACCCGGAGCAGAGCCACGCGUCCACCCCAAGAAUGCCGAAAUGCUCAAAAAAUUGCUCAAUCAAGUCCCUUAG